AUGAUUCCUAUCUACCAAAAGACUGCUCAAAAGCAGUGUAAAUGCACUACCUGUAAAAAUAAAGAUAGAGAAUAUGAUUUUGUAUCUGCUAGAACAUUUAAGUGUUAUCAAGAAAAAGAUAUUCAGGAUAAUACACUUAUUCAAGUUUUAGCCCUUGAAGAUAUGCAAGAGGCAGCUAUUUGGGAGACUGUCAAGACUAUAAAUUGCAAUAAAGAUAUGUUUGAGAUUGAGCAGCAAGACAUUGAAGUAUAUUCCAUGUUUGAAGAUAAGACAGCUUUAUUAUAUUUUGAUGAUUUAUUUGGGUCUAAAAUUCCUUUUUGGUAG